GCGAUACAGUAUACACCCAAAUCAAAGAUGGCUGCCUACUGUGUGUGCACCUAGGAGUCAGAAGAUCGGGAGGGCUGCAUUUUGUGGACGUUAGUGAUGGCUAGUGACAUUGGAAACAUAUAGAAGUUGGCCUGUUACUGGAGGGGUUCAGAAGUGAGACAUAUUAUUGUCUUUUCCUAGUUAAUUCGUUCGUGUCGAUAUCUCCCGAGAACCUGGUGUUGCUCUUCUUGUAGGAUACUAAAGAACAGACAUGCCUGCCCAUAAGUGUUCCAUUGGCCAUCCUUGGAUAAUAGAUCUUCUUGCCAAAUAUAAGGAAAAUGCUAAAUACAAGCCUGUUACUGCCCAGGUGGUUGAGUUUGUAAAGAUGUCGGCUGUGUCCUCAGAUGACUCCCAAGGGGUAGCAGCAGUUGUACAUAUAUCUGAUAGAAAGUACUAUAUACGAGGCAUCAUCACAAGGGAAGCUCAAGUAACAUUGGAAAGAGAAGAUGAGCACUUCACAUUGGGCGACAUCAAGAACAAAAUUAUCAUCCUAAAGAAUUAUAAUGUUGUGUUUACAGCAGUGGAAGACCUAAAUAGUUGUGAAUUCUCCAUAACUGUUCACCAUUUCAGUAUAUUGCCGAUGGAAACAAACAGCGUGGACCUGUUGAACUGCAAUAUGAACCCUGCAGUGAGAAGAAAGAUCAAGGAGCUAUGGCAGAAUUACAUGGAAGAACAGGCUAUGAAUGCAUCAUCAGCUGAGAUGAGUUUAUCAGACAUAUCUCUUACUCAGUUACUGAAUAUUGCAUGUGAAGAAAAGCUCACUGCUUUAAAGUCACUUGCAGAACAGUGUCUUGAUAUUGAGCAACCUUCUAACCAGGAUACCCCACAAGCCAUGACAAAGUGGGGAAAGGAAAGAAAUAAAAACAAGGAUGCUGAUCAGUAUAAUAUCCCUUUGGAUUUGCUCCUUAUUCCACCAGAGGAGGAAGCAGCUUUGCAGCAGAUUACAACGGCAACAGUACAAGAUUCAUGCAGUAAUGAUGUGCCCAGUGACAUGGAUACCAUUGCUGACCAUCAUAGUGAAAAAGAACCUUCCUCCCCCUCUUAUAGCACUGCAUUGUCUAAUCAAAGUGAGGACUACUUCGAUGAUGUUCCUGCAACUCAGUCUGUGAAUCCUUGGAACAAAUUGCAGCCACUUAGCCUCACUUUGACAUCGAGCUCUGCUUCCCAGGCAAAAGCCUCCUUCUCCGAAGCCCAACAAAAUACAGAUGAAGAUACACUUGAGGAUGCAGAGAGUGAAGAGUCUCCAUCAUUUGCACAACAUUUAGUAGGGCCUUCAGUUCAAGGAUCAUCUGAAAGCCAGCAGGAGAGCUCUCCUCUCAUUUUUUCAGAAAGGAUGUGCAGUCGAGAAGCAAUCGAAGAAUCCAGUGAUGGACUUGAAAUGGUCACAACUCAAAGGCAGAAUGUUAGUAGCAACUCUGGCUUGACCAGUGGCCAAAGAAAAACACAUUCAGAUAGGACCACAAGCCCACCUCUAUUGUUACCUCUUAACAGAACUUCCCUAAGAAGUAUCACCAUUAGUCCAAUAAAUCGACAGACUUCCCCUAAGAGUAGGUCUUGUCUGAGUAGCCAUGGCAGGUUAUGUCCAGUUGUGUUAUCUGAUUCUGAAAGGGAGUCAAGCCCCAGUAACAUCAAACAUCUGGCCUAUCCUUCUGAUGAAAGAGCAAAAAAACAUGAAGACAAAAGUCAAUGUUACCGUCUGAGAGUAAGGAAAGCCAAGAGGAAGACGUUAUUUGCAGAUUCUGACACAUCACUUUCUGAUGCAGAAUCUCCAGAUUUGGAAUAUUUGCAAAAAAUGGAGCAGAAAAAGUUUCAUAGCAUUGCGUCUUUAGAAUUUGAGGACUUGAAUGUUCCAAAGUUAGUAGGAGAGGACUUGAAUGAAUCAGAAAAGGCUAGCAGUCAGAUGUUAGGGGGGAGAGACAGAGAUAAUUUGUUUAUUGAGAAAAAUGAGCGCAAAGAAGAAAGGGCCAUCAAUUGUGUCUUAAAUCCUAAAUUAUGCACAAAGAGCCUCAUCAAAAUGAAGCACAGGCUGCAAAGUAUAGAGAGCACCAGAUCAAAAGGGGAAACUGCAAAAAGAGAAAGUGCUAAAGCAAGCACUUCUAAGCACUUAAAUGGAUCUACAAACAAUCAAGCAAGGAGGAAAAACAUUCAACUUACCCUUGACUUCAGCAACACCCAACUGGAGCAUUAUGAUGGAACCCCUUUCCAAUAUAAAUAUACCACUCCUUCAGCAGAACUCGGUGCCCAUGUAGAAACCAUAAGGCUGCCAGCAGACCUUUGUGAAUGGGCACGAAAGAUUCUUUUGGAACCUGAGAACCAGGUCUCGUGAACAGAAUUUUUUUCUGCAGUUAAACAGCAUACUCAGAGCAGAUACUCAGAGAAGCUAUUCAAUCUGACAAUCUGAUUGAUCUUUACUUAGACUACAUUAGACUAUGUAGAAGCGCCAGUGUAAUGCUAAUGACAUGCCAGACCACAAACCACUGUAAACAUUUUUUUCUAAUGCUGGUUGAAUGUUAUUGUUAUUUUGUUUUUUUAUAUACAUCUAAAGAGAUGAAAAUUUAUAAAUUUUGUUAUAAAUCUCA